GACGUUAUGAAAGAUGACGGAGCAUAUUCAGGAUACUUCACGGAUUUCCAAGAUAAUGGUAGACAUGAUGUCAAGGUCAAUGUUACAGGAUACAUUGCUGUAGAAGGAGGAUCAUGGAGAGAGAGGAGGUCAGCUGAAUCUAGCGAUUCGGUUCCGGCAGCAGCACAGUCUUUCAUGCGUACAGCAUCAGGGGGUGUCUUCAAGGUCGAAGGCUACAGACCUUACGCUCCAGACAUCCUUCCACCGUCCCGUAUUCGUGACCUGGUCUAUACCUCAUUUUCAUACGAUAACAGCACAGUGACACUCAGCUGGACUGCUGUAGGAGAUGACCUAGACCAAGGAACGGCAUCCAGAUACGAGCUCCGCUAUUCUACCAAUUUCUUUGACCUCCGAAACAACUUUGGUAGUUGUCAUGAGGUUACACAAGAUCAACUAGUCUACGGGAACCUCGCCAACAUCAACCCAUCAGGGGUUACUGAAACCAUCACCGUUACCCUACCAGAAAGAGGGCAAGGUAUUGUGUACAACUUCGCAAUAAGGGCGUGGGAUGAGGCUGGAAAUGGAGGAGAUCUGUCGAAUUUCGCUUCCUUGUCAAUCCGCUUUAUACCAGAGCCUAUCGAACCAACUACCCAAUACCAAUCAUCCACCAAUCCGACAACACUGGGUGAAUCGUCUACCAGCCCAACUAUGGCAGGCCAAUCAUCUACCAAUCUGACUACACCAGACGAGUCGAAUUCCAAACCGACUAAUGAACCGGAAUUUCACCCCGAUAAAAAAUACAUCGGUAUAUGGUGCGCGGUCGUAGCGGGGGUCCUCGCUGGAAUUUGCAUUCCUAUCGUUUGCGUUUGGAUCUCUUACAGACGCAAGUAUCCCGUGAAAUUCAAAACAGAGGAUGGGAUCCAAAGUGGAGGGGUGGAGAAAGUAAAUCCAACCUAUAGCAACCCCACUUUUACUCCAAUAUAAUUUGCUCCCGCAACAUGUGAAUAGUGUGAAAGAAGGCAGUAGAAACGAUUAAUAUUUUCAUUUUUGGUGAAUGUAAAUUCCUAUUAAAUGUACUGGAUCAUUUUGUCUAAACAACGCACAGUUCCCAUGUAUUGCUUGUUCAAUUUCAUCGCGGUAAAGAGACCACAGCUUGACACACGUAGAACUAUUUUGUUGAGAGCAAAACUGGAAUUUAGUACCCACCCUUCCCGUAAAUACAUAUUUCAAGAUCCUAUAAGAUUCUUUUAUAAUAGCAAAUAUAUUUUUGAAAUGAUUCAUGGAAGGCUUAUGUACUUAAACGAAAUCUACUUAUUGACCACUUUUUGUCUUCACGUUUCCUUCACUACUCACAUAGAAAUGCGUUAAUAAAAAGGAUUGAAAAUGUAGAGUCAAAGUCAC